GCGGCCUCGACACCGAGAUGCAGUGAAGGCAGGGGCAGAUUACAGGGAUGUACCUGUAUGUGCAGGUAAAAAAACCAUCAAUAGCAGCAGCUAUUACAAACAACAGAGCUGCCGAAGUGAAUGAAAAUCGAACACAAGUGAAAACUGGGACGUCAAGGUCUGCACUUCCGUGGACAAAAUGAAGGGAAAGAGUCAAACAACCGAGGGAAUUUUUGUGAACUAAUUAUUGUUUUUGGAGAAACAGACAGUGCAGUGAGAGCAAGAAUGGAAUGAACAUAUGGACAUUAUAGACCAACGCUACUUUUGCGUCAUCGAAGGGUAACGCCCCUUUUUGGGGGAAAACAAACAGAUUCUCCUGAUACAGAACUCGCUCUAGUUUCUUGAUAGCAAAAAUGGCACAAACAUACACACUCUCUUUGCCGGCCGAGGACCGUGAGCGGUAUUUAAAGAAGCUACUGGAUACGGGGUUACAGAGGUGUCCCUUUGAAAUGGUCGAAAACUGGAUUAAUGACCCCACGCAGUGGCCAAAUAUGGACUAUUCAGACAUCUACCAUUAUCUCGUGGAAUCACCAAGCCUGUACACAUCAGAAACAAUGAAAAACAAAAGGUCCCUGGAGGCCCAUAAGUUUUUCGUCAGUGGUUGGGUCCAGGCUGUUUUACACAUAAAAACAGACAAAUGCUUUGUUUUUAAAAGCAGUGUUAAACCUUCUUGGAGGGUGACUAGCAAGCCCCACAACACCUGGGUAGCUGUGGAAAAUAGUGGCAAAGUUAGAGCAGCUCACUGCGACUGCAUGGCAGGACUAGGGGAAAGCUGUUCCCAUGUGGGUGCAGUUCUGUAUAAAUUGGAAGCCUCAGUCCGCCUGGGCAUCACCACCACUGUUCAGCUGCAAAUGUUUGUGUGUGCAGCACAGUAUGCAGACUUUGUUACUUGGACCCCACAGCAGACCACCAUCUUUAGAAUCUUAAAAGAUUAUGAAUUCAUUAAAGGAAUGGUGGACGUGAUCAGCAGAUUUUGGGCAAAACACAUUCACCCACGAUUGAUGACAACAGUGCUACAAAGUGAGACUGAACCAGACAGCGAGGGAGUGGACCGUCAAAGAUGUGAAAGCAACCUUUCAGCACACCAAUCACCCGCUCUGUAAGGACAACAACAACAAAAAACC